UAAGCAAGAGCGGAUUCAUAUUGUGGCGAGCCAGCCAGGAUCAGACAGCGGACGACUCCUGCAAACAUGAGAGGAACUUCGUAUUCUCAGAAAACCCUGAGCGUCAGCAAUUCUAGCAGGAUGAGGGUCCAGAGUCCGUCCCCAUCCCGAUGCCGCGGGUCCUCGUAUUCCCGGGGCCGAUCGGGAUACCAAGGUCAACCGGUGGAGCUGGACACGGAGAUCCAUCAGCACCACUCCAAUGAGAAAGAAGAGAUGCAGGAGCUGAAUGUGCGAUUCGCGGGGUACAUCGGGAAGGUCCAGGCGCUGGAGCAGAGGAACGCGGCGCUGAGGGCCGAGCUGGACGCUCUGCAGGGCCGGUUUAAAGGAGGGCCGAGUGGACUGGCGGAUGAAUACGAGCUGAAGUUUAAGGAGAUGCGGGAUCUGAUCGAAGCUCUGACCGCAGAGAAAGGAGCGGCGGAUAUUGAGCGAGGAUACAUCGAGGAGGAGGUGGAGGUGUGGAGGCUCAAGCUGGAGGAAGAGCUCGCUAUUAAAG